GGAUCUGGAGAUACCUUCAUCAUGCCUGCGCACCCCUACAACAAACCCUGGCUUAAUCGAGCCCAGUCCCCAGACCUCACACUUGUCAAUGUCAAUAUCGUCGACGUCCAAGCCGGUCGCGUCAUCCCCAGCAGCAGCGUUCGGGUCCGCGAUGGGGUUAUCGCGGGAAUCGGACCAGCAGAGAAGAUUUCCAGUCCUGAGUCCACCAAAGUUGACUUGAAACAUCGAUAUCUAUGUCCCGGAUUGAUUGACUGCCAUGUCCACUUGACGGCGACGCCUGGUAGCCCUUUGCUCAAGGACAUCUUUGCUGCCAGUCCGAACGCGAUCGCGUAUCGCACCGCGUAUGUCGCCCGGGAGAUGCUGCUGCGCGGGUUCACGACCGUGCGUGAUACCGGCGGGGCCGAUGCUGCUUUGAGAGACGCGAUAGCCGAAGGUCUAGUCACCGGUCCUCGGUUGUUUAUUGCUGGCAAGGCUCUCUCGCAGACCGGUGGACACGGCGACUUUAGGGGCCCGUAUCAGGGAGACGAGGCGAAGUGCUGUGGAGGUCACUCGCCGGCACUGGCUAGGGUCUGUGAUGGCGUUCCUGAGUGUUUGGCAGCUGUCAGAGAUGAGCUGCGGCAGGGAGCCAAUUUCAUCAAGAUCAUGGUUGGCGGUGGAGUGGCGACCCCGACUGAUGCGCUCGACAUGCUGCAGUUCACGGCCGAGGAGAUUCAAGCCAUUACCACCACUGCAGCAUACUCCAACACCUACGUCACGGCGCAUGCCUAUACCACAAAGGCGAUACGUCAUGCGGUGGACAAUGGAGUCCGCGGCAUCGAGCAUGGCAACUUCAUCGACCCGGAGACAGCCAAGUACUGCCAGGAAAAGGGCGUCGUGUUCACACCCACCCUGGUGACGUAUAAGGGCAUGUCUGAGCCUCCAUUCGAUAACUUUCUCGAUGAGUUCAGCCAGGCUAAAAACCGUGAGGUGCUGGCUAGUGGACUGAAAGCCUUGAAAACUCUUAGCUCCGCCGGCAUAACCAUCUGUUAUGGGUCGGAUCUUCUGGCGGGCAUGCACCCACUACAAAAUCAAGAGUUUAGCAUCCUCUCAGGGGCGUUGAAUGCGCAGGAUAUUCUGCGUUCGGCGACCGUGAACGCGGCGAAGUAUAUUGGGAUGGAAGGAAAAUUGGGCGUUAUUGGUGAGGGAGCGAUUGCAGAUUUUCUGGUCCUGGAGAACAAUCCGCUUGAUGAUAUCACAGUCUUGGAUAAGGUCGACACAUCGCUCAUCGCAAUCGUCAAGGACGGGCGGAUUGUGACCAGCAAGCUGAAUGGCUUGGCUGUUGAUGCUUUGUAUGAUACUCAUCGUAUCCAGUCCCCGGUGUAG